AUGGUACAGUCCACAUGCUGUUCGCAGGAGUUGUUGCCGAGGAACAUCCUCCACUGCUCACUCCGUUAGAAACGCCACAGAAGAAGAAGGUGUUUCCGCGUUUAGAACAUGUCUUCAGCAUCUGAGAGAAGGUUCUACAGCCAGUUCGGCUUGUUCCAUCUUCUGUGCAGCGUUACAGGCAUGUGGGGCAGCCAAGUGCUAGUACCACACAGGGUAAGUGCUGUGCUGGGGAAGAAUGUGACUUUGGAGUGUAGGUUGGAGGUGGAGGCAAACCUCACUCUGACUCAGAGCUCCUGGGAGCGACGGCUACCAUCAGGCACUGUCACAGUGGCUGUCUACAAUCCACAGGAAGGCAUCUCCAUCCCUCCAGAGUUUGGCCAUCGUCUGUAUUUCCGUUCACCCUCCUCUCAUGAUGCUACUAUCGUGCUGGAGAAGGUGGGCUUCGCUGACGUCGGGAUCUACACCUGUAAAGUGGCCACAUUUCCAAUGGGAAACGCUCAAGCUUCUACCACUGUCACUGUAUUUGUGGAGCCGAAGGUGUACGUGUCUGCGAGUUCAACUGUCCUGAUCGACGGCGGCAACAAAACACUGGUGGCCACUUGUGUUGCCGAGGGGGCUCGGCCGCCAGCUGAGGUGUCCUGGGAGUCCAACCUUAUUGGCCAGUCAGAAGUACAGCUUAUUGAUGAAGUCAACGGCACCACCACUACACAAGUGCGUUACCUUUGGCAGCCCACACGCAACUUUCAAGGUCACGCAGUCACAUGCGUAAUCCGCCACCCAGCACUGCAGAGUGACUUCAGGAUCCCAUACCUGCUGAAUGUGCAAUUUGCCCCUGAUAUCUCAGUUGUGGGUUAUGAUGGAGACUGGUACGUGGGCCGUGAAAAUGUUCGAAUGACCUGCAGGGCCAAUGCUAACCCACCGGCUCAUCACUUUAGAUGGAUCAGGCUGGAUGGUAAAAUGCCACAGGGUGUGAAAACAAUAAACAGCACUUUGCUUUUCCUGCGGGCCCUAAAGCGUAAUGAUUCUGGAGUAUACAGGUGUGAAGUCGCCAAUGACAUCAGCCUCCGCAGUCGGGAUGUGCGCAUUCUCAUACGAGAUCCUCCUACGGUGUCCUCCACCAUCACUGCUCCUCUCCUAACUGGCUCUGCCUCCUCCGUCUUGGUGAAUGAGAGAGACCAUGUCCUCCUCAGCUCACCCACUCUGAAAGCCCUACCUGAAAGAAAUCACGGUUCUAUCAUGAAUGGCGCGGUUGGUGGGGCAUUGUUCCUUUUGCUGCUGCUGUUCCUGGUUGGCGCCUGUUACCUUUGGAAGCAACAGUCUUUACAAUGGAGUUACUACACCAAGAAGUACCAGAGUAACGUUGACCUCCAGAAACCCCCCACACAACCCGAGCUGCACGCAACCAAAUCUGGCAAAAGUGCUUCCCGCCACCGAGACCACGACCGAGAGGAGUGGGGAGACUGCCAGCAUAAACACAAGCGUGAGCACAAUUUCAACAGCAGCCACAACGGGGACAACUACACUGUGAAUGGCUACACAAGAGCAGUGAGGGAGAGCACUCACCACGGCCAGCAGCAUAAUCAGCACCAGGAGCACUUACAGUAUUCUAGGCACGCUAAGCGCCAGGAGGUCAACGCCCCACCCUUCCUAUUAGAUGACGACAGUGUGCCUGAUGGCGACUUUGUGUCUCACACAGACGGCUCGGUAAUUUCACGUAAGGAGUGGUACGUUUAACGACGACUUUGUUCCACAGGAGACGGUUUGAUUCAACAUAUCUUUCCUAGCUGUGCACAUACACUUCCAGUUCUGUGUUUUUACCCAUUUAGGAAUUGACCAGGUGAACACUAGAUAGAUUAGUAUAAACAGAACUGCUCUGCCAUUUGACUGUCACAGUGAAAAUGCCCUUUGCCCUUGUCUGUAGAUUGUGUGUAGGAGUCUUAGGAAUUUGGAGGUGACAAUGUACAGGAUGUAUCGACUCUGCUUUGCCUCACAGACUUUAGAUACUGUAGUGUUUCAGUGUUCCUACACUUUAGUGAAGGCAUGGGCUGAAAGGUUUACACACACACAUUCCAUACGUUUGGACUCAAUAUUAUACAUUUAUUUUUCCUUGUUGUGUUUUGUUGACCGACUGUAUGGGAAAGGUUUAAAUGAACUCACAGGUCAACGAGUACACACACUUCUAAUGUACCGAUGAAGGAACUCCUGUGAUCUGUGAUAAUAGGAACAUCAGACAUCAGUUUGAAAAUGAAGACUUUUUAAGCUUCAAACCUCAGUGUUUCUGGUCCCAUACUUUACGGCCAUGUCACAACCCAGAGAGUGUAGCUUUAAAAAGGUGCCAACCAAUCACAGUCGUCGCAGAUAUAUUAUCAAUAGAUCAAACAUCUCUAGACUAACAAAACAUCUACUGAGUACUCGCCUCAUUAUCCAUAAUUAAAUGUUCACCACAUAUGUGACAGAUGGUGUGGGUUGCAGUGAUAAUGCCAUUUUUGGCUGUUCUUAGUCUUUGGUAUAAAAAUACACCCUUUUUUAUUUUUGUUUUUCUCAGACUGCAUUAAAAAGAUGAUCAGUUCAUUUAAUUUUAAUGGACACGUUGUUUUGCUGUUUAAGAUACCUCAAGUAUUGAAGAACUAUAAGUGCAGGUAUUUAUGUUAUAGACACUGGAUUGUGCAGCAUUUGUGUUCAGGAUGUGGAUGGAGUCUAUGAA